CAUGAUGUGAACGCGGCAUCAGAUGAUGAGAGUGGGUCAUCAGGUGUGGUCGGCCAGGAGGGGAGCGGGGAUCCAGCACACUUCACCGGGAAACGGCGUCCACCUCGGCCCUGUAAACAUGACCCACCGACCGAGCACCGAGUCUACCAGAUGACCAAACUUUGCAUCCCUCGGCUCGUGAGUCCAGAGGCGUCCUGUUGUGAUGAAACAGGGAACGGGCGACUUCUCCGCCGACCAUCAGAGGAACUGAAGUGACAUAAAGGGAUCGCACUGCUGCAAAGAAAAAGCGGAACAUCUCAGUGUCUCGCUUCUUCUUGUAAAAAAAAAAAAUAAAAAAAUAAGGCAUGGGAGUAUAAGUGAGCCACGAAAGGAUUUCAGCAAAAACUUGCAGUUGCCGGAUUAACGGUCAGCGCGACCAUCGGAAAAUGCCAAGCCGCUCCAUCGUGGAGCUCUGGAUGUGAAGACGUUGCACUUGUCGAAAGGAGGGAGUGUCCGGGCUGCAGCGACAGAACUGUGAAUGAGUGGGGAAAUCCCCCGCGGGAGUCGUGGAACUGGGUGGAACUGGAAAUAAGGUGGAAACGCGCGCCGGAUCUCGGCUGAUCAAGCAUGAAUCAUAGGUGCAGGGCUGUCGAGAAAACGCCACGAAUUCCGCCGGCUGCUGUGGUUUCACUUUGCAAACAGGAUGAUCUGAAGUGAAACUGUGGGUAAAGACAAACGUUAAAGAAAGCAGAAAUUCAACUGGAAAUGUCUCCUCGUUCUGGCAGGAUAAGGAUACCUGUGAUUCGUGGAGAAACUCUCGUGUUACUGUGAGCUGGUAGCUUUUAGAACUGAAACACUGCAUGUGCACUUGGAUAAAAGGAAGAUCGCCUCCUCCUAUGAAACUGCUUUUUUUUGGAAAUUCAGCGAGAGGCCAUCCAAAUGGCAGGGAAAGACUACAAUCAUCUCUUUAAGCUGCUCAUCAUUGGAGACUCCAAUGUGGGGAAAAGCAGCCUCCUGCUCCGCUUUGCAGACAACUCCUUCUCUGGCAGUUACAUCACGACCAUCGGCGUCGACUUUAAGAUCCGGACAGUCGACAUGGACGGGGAGCGGGUGAAGCUGCAGAUCUGGGACACAGCCGGGCAGGAGAGAUUCAGAACCAUCACCUCAACGUACUACAGAAACACCCACGGUGUCAUUAUUGUUUAUGAUGUGACAAACCCAGAGUCAUUUGUGAAUGUGAAGAGGUGGCUAAACGAAAUCUCCCAGAACUGCGACAACGUCUGCAAGAUCAUGGUGGGAAACAAAAAUGACGACCCCACCAAAAAGCAGGUGGAUACCCAGGAUGCUGUGCGUUUCGGGGAGUCGGUCGGCGUUCGUGUUUUCGAGACCAGCGCUAAAGAAAACAUAAACGUGGAAGAGAUGUUCAUGGCCUUCACCCGCAUGGUGCUCCGGGCCAAGAAGCAGAGUCAGAACCGAGCAGAGAGGGAACGAGAGCGAGAGGACACGGUCAACAUCAACGCCCAGAGAGACCGAGACCGCAGGAAGAGAGGGAAGAAGUGCUGCUGAGACGCCAAAGCCACUUAUCGCUUACACAAAAUAAAAGCAUUUAGACAAGAUUGGGAAAACCGUGCCUUAAGAGACGAACGUCUCAAACGGCAAAUAUGAAUGUUAGAAGCUGCACGGUUUCAUUAUUUACUGUGCCAAGUCGCAACAAGACGGGCUGUAGGGUUUACGGCCGGUUGUUGAGGUAGCUGAGCGAUUUACAGUCUACCAGCACUGACUGCAUGUAGCAGCCACAUGAGUUAAAGGGUCAUUCUGGUGUUUUUGCAUUUCGUUUUAUUUUAACACGUGAUGCAGUAUUUGUCCUGCUGGUAGUGGAACCUGCACAUGGAGCAUUAAUGUUUUAAUAUUUCCGUCCUAAACGUUCUCGUGCUGUUCCCACCCCCUCCGACGUGGCCUUCAGGGGCCUCGGUAGAAAUCAGACCUCAUCCUGAUAAUCAAACCCGAGGUGUCGGUGACAAUUCAGACGUCUAAAAUCAAACGAACAUCCCACUCGGACACGAAUAACAUCAACUGAAGUCAGACCUGACGUCUCAUCACGUGUCUGUUAAAUAUUACUGAAAAUAUGGAAAACGUUCAGAAACCGUGUGUGUGUGUGACUGUAGUGAAACUAAAACAUGUGAAGACACCAGUAUAGUCCUUUAACGUUAUCCUAGAACCACUGUUAUGUCUAAUGUUUAAUACUGAACAAGUAUUUAACCUCUAAAAGGGAUUUUUUUUCUUUUUUUUUGUUGUUUGUUUGACGUUGUUACUAAAAUUGUAACCCUAACAGGUGUGAGGAAUUUGCCUUAUUUUAAAUGAGGCCAGUAAUCCGAGACGUGUGUAUACUCCACAGUAUGACUCCAAGAUGUUUGUUUUAAUGUAAAUCUCUGUUGCCUUGCAAAUGUCUCCAAAUCCAAAUAAAGCAAUAAGUCCAAUGACUGUCUACUA